GUCACUGUGAACUGAGCCACACAUCACUAUGAGGAACUUCGGACAGAUCCUGAAGGAAAUUGGGGAGUUUGGUUUGUUUCAGAAGCGUUUACUUUUUGCAUUAUGCGCCCUCAAUGUUUUUCCGUCUCUUGAUGUGAUUGGUCAGGUGUAUACUGGCCGGAGCUUCCCACAUCACUGCAACACUGACUGGAUCUUGGAGCGUGGACCCAACCUGACAGAGGAGAGACAAAAGAAUCUCACCAUCCCAGUGAACGAGGAUGGAAGCUUUGAAAGCUGUAAAAUGUUCACACCUGUGGACUGGGAUUUGGAAGACAUUGAAAAGUAUGGGAUUAACACCACAACAAAAUGCACAGAUGGAUGGGACUAUGAGACCGGACCAGGUGAUUCCACUGUUCUGACAGAGUUUGAUGCGGUUUGUGACAAGAAUGGUUUGAUUGCGGUAUCACAGUCCAUGUCCAUGGCAGGAAUUCUUGUUGGAGCUUUGGUGUAUGGGACGAUUUCUGACAGGUUUGGCCGACGAUUUGCCAUCCUCCUUGCAAUUUCCCUCCUGUUGGUGUUUGGUGUGGCCACUGCUUUCUCACCAAACAUCUAUGUUUACAUGGUUUUCAAGUUUUUUUGUGGGACUUCAAGUGUUGCUAUGACAAUGAACUUAUCAGUGCUGGCUGUGGAAUGGACCGAUCCUUCAAAGUCUGCUCUUUGUACAAUGGUCAUCUUAUGUUUCUCCAGUACUGGACGGAUGUUAUUGUCUGGCAUUGCCUAUUUGAUCCACAACUGGCGAAUCCUACAGCUGGUACUCUUCAGCCCUCUUGUCAUUCUCCUUGGAGCCCAUUACUGGUUUCUCCCAGAAUCAGCUCGGUGGCUCUUGACACAUGGCAGAAAGGAGAAAGCACAAAAGGAGCUUCAGCGAGCAGCCAGGAUCAAUGGGAGGAAACUACCAGAAGACCUGCUAGACCAGGUAAAAUUGGAGCGUACAUCUGAAAGAAGAAACAUGUUUGACAUCUUCAAAAUACAGUAUCUGAGAAAAUAUACUCUAAUAAUGGGCUUCAUUUGGUUUGCAGUAAGUCUUCUGUUUUAUGGACUGAGUCUGAAUGUUGGCAGGUUUGGCUUGAAUAUCUACCUCACACAGUUCAUAUUUGCUGUUGUUGAAAUUCCUGCAAAUAUUGGCAGUUUGUUUCUAAUUCAACACUUUGGAAGGAGAAUAUGUGAAGCGUGUUUUCUGUUCUUUGGGGGUACUGCUUGCCUUGUGAUCCUCGCUGUCCCAAAAGAUCUUCCUGUGGUAGUAACAGUCAUCGCUGUGGUGGGGAAAUUUGCUGUCACUGCUUCUUUCAGCACAGCCUACGUUUAUGCAGCAGAAUUAUACCCGACUGUUUUAAGACAGAAUGGUGUCGGUCUGAACUCCAUGUGCGCUCGUGUUGCCGGCAUCCUCGCUCCACUGAUCUGGCUGCUGGAGGUUUAUCAUUACACCAUUCCCAUGCUGAUAUACGGCAUCAUUCCCAUUGCUGCUGGUGGUUUGUGUUUGCUGUUGCCUGAAACCCUCAAUAAUGAACUUCAGGACCACACUGAGCUAAAAAAACCAGAGAAUAAACCAAUGGGGGAAAGUACCUGUGCUGAAAGCCUAAUGAAGCACCAAUGACUGUAUUUGAACAGUAACCGAAACCAUAUUCAGACAAUUCAAGUGUAAAAAGCUUUCAUCCACACACCUUUUCGUGUCCGAAAUAAAUUCAAGUGUUACUUUCCUAACCCUCACAAAUGCACUCUCAAAACUCAAGACAGAGCAGGGAAGUUUCAUAGGUGCUUUUUCAGAACAGUUUGGUGAUAAUGCAGGAAAACAGGUCCAAGAGGGCAUGUCUGACUGCAUGUAUUUAUUGCUGGCUUCUCUGUGCAUAAAUGUAUUUUCUGUUGAA